AUAUUAUUCAAAUGUUUAAAGUGAUUGUGAAUUGUGAUAAGUAAUAAUCAAUUCCACAGUUCAAUUUUUAUCAAGGCUUGUGACCUAGAUAGCUAGUCCAAAUUUUAAAACUGUAAUUUGAUUAUUAAUUGGUAACCUAUUUUAAUUAAAAUUAAACAUUAACUAUACAGGAUGGCUAGACAUCAUCCUGACUUGGUAUAUUGCCGUAGGCAACCCGGCGUCGCAAUAGGACGGUUAUGUGAAAAAUGUGAUGGUAAAUGUGUUAUCUGUGACUCGUAUGUCAGACCAUCUAUAUUGGUACGCAUUUGUGAUGACUGCAAUUAUGGCUCAUAUCAGGGUCGAUGUGUUUUAUGCGGUGGACCUGGAAUAUCGGAUGCAUACUAUUGUAAAGAAUGUACAAUUCAAGAAAAAGAUAGAGACGGAUGUCCAAAAAUUAUAAAUUUGGGAGCUGCAAGAAAAGAUCUAUACUACCAACGUAAAAAACAUGGAUUCAAAACACGUUAAUACUACUAUAUUUCAAUUUGUAUUUGUGUUAUGUAAGUUUCUAUUUUUAAUCACUUCUUAAAAUAAUUAAUGGUUAAUACUCUUAUUAUACUCUUUUAACUUCUAUUUAAUUCAAUAAUUGCUUAUUAAAAAUUAAAAUUUUCUACAAUAUAUCAUUCUAUUUUAAAGCAUAAAAUAGUAUUAUAUAUGUAUUUUUUUUUAAUUGCUUCGCAUAAUUAAUUUGCAUGAAUAUUGAAUAGUAAAAUAUUUAAUUGUAGUCAUUUUUUUUUUUUUUUAUACCAAUAAUCAAUAAUAAUGUAUACAACUAAUAUGCUUAAAAUAUGCUUAAAAUAUAACCAGCAACCAAAAC